GUGUGGGUGGAAAAUGUAAACAGCGAGUGUCCAUGAAAUCAUAUUUUGAAUUCGUAUCGUGUAUCCAAAGUUGCGUUUUUGUGCGAAUAAUAAUUUUGUAAAUUUAUUAUCUACGCUAAACUGCUACUGUGUGUAUCAGAUCAAGGACAUAAUAAAUAAAAAUAAAUUUUGUGAAUAAAUUUUAAUUAGGCAUACGCACAAUGCACCGUAAUCAGCACAAUUUAAAUUAUUACGGCGCGACUCAGAUAAAAGAGUUUGGGCUUUUCUUGGAGGACUAUGACGUUCAACUGCAACGCCUGAAGAGCGGAACAAGUGGAGGUUUAACGUUCCCGACGGUGGCUAUCCAGUUGGUUGCUUCUAAAGAAGAUUUGAGUUCCAUAUCGUUAGUUGAUACCGACAACAAAGUGCUGAACAAGUUACUAUACACAUUCAGUGCGCUAUGCCAUGAAGUAGACGCUUUAAAAGAUGAAUUCGAGGAAAUCGUCCGUGAGUUUCUGUGUUUCGAUGAGUCGCUGGACGAUAGUACAGAUCAACUGCGGGAAGAUAGUGUCGUGACUGUCGAUCGGUCAUCGUUGCUGGCUAUAAGCAGUAAAAUCGCAAUGGUCACAAAAAUUAAGUGUUACUUCGAGCGGAUAGUUGAGGUGUCUGUUGUGAUCCUACUGCAAAUGGGAGCUCUUUUUGAUCCGCUAAAUAAAUUUGGCCAUUUUAAUCAUUGCAAUUGGGAUUUGCAUUUGAUGUUUAAUUACCUGGCAGAAUUGAUGUAUAUGCCACUUCUGUUUGAUACAGUCUUGGAACAGUCGGUUUUUAAAACAUACUGGAAGUUCUACGUAAAGCAAAUAAGAUCCAUAAAACUAAACCCAAAGAAACUGAACAAAACAUUGAAGGUAGAACAAAUUUACGACUUGAACAAAGCGAUUGAUGAAAUAACUCUGUGGCUUGAUGGAACUGCCUAUAAGCACAUUUUAGAGGGUAUGUUCAAUGCAAAGCAAAAGGUAGUCAUGGAAUCAGCAGCGGUGAUAUCGGACAAAUUACUGAAGUAUCUCAAACAACGUAUUUCCGAAGUUACAACAUACAAUGUUAACGUAUCGAGUAAUGAGGAGUCCACCAGUGUCGUCAAACUGAAUGCAAUGGUAAACCUGUAUCAUUACAUUUUCGUCAGCAUUGAUAGUAAAGUUAUGAAAAAUUUGAUCGAGAUCAACGAAAAAUUCUGCGACAUUCCUUUGAUAGGCAAAGUAAUGUGGGUUCCCGACGAUUUUUUUCGAAAAUAUGGCCACAAAUCGAUACGUGAUUGCGAUCGAAAUGAUUAUCAAAAGGCGCGAAGCGCCCAUAUCACCUACCGAAAGAAGAGUUUGGUGAAAGACAUUCUUGUGUACUGUAUUCAAGUAACCAGCUGGCUGGUGCGUAUUACUGCUGCAUUCAAAACUACCAAACACGACACAACACUUGAUACGCUGCGCCAAAAGUGUGGACUGAUCUUUGAGGGCGUGCAGUACGCACAGGAGAUUAGCUUUCUUGUUCAAUCCAUCACGUCAUUGCAUUUAUAUUUGCAUGAGUCAAUCAGUGAACAAAUGUUUCAAUCCGUUGGAAAACUUCUCGAGUAUCUACAGUGCAUUUACAACUUCUUCGGAUGCAACCAGCAGGCUAUCGCCGAAGCGAAUCAGUUUAUAAUCCAACACUUACAGCAUAAAAUAUUCGUCAUAGUGGGACAUUCCAAGAAAAGGCUUAUUACCGAAGCCAAGCAAGCAAAGCUGAAAAAGAGUGAAGCAUUCAUCGAUAAACUUUCAGCGUUUCAUGUGAUUGAACGUUGCAUGAGUGGCCCAGCAAAUCGAACUAGGUUGACCAUUGCGCGACUAGCAAUUUCGAUCAGUGAUCCGCGACAAACAUUUGCACCAGAGAGUUACGAAAAGAUACGUAUCUUGCUUGAACAGUUAGAUACGCUUUCCAGUUUGCAAAUCAAGCUCCGUCGCUUGUGCGAUAAUCAGUUUCUUUAUUGGCAUCAGAUGUUUUUUGCGCUAUACGUGGAGGACUAUUAUAAACAAAGCCUGUCGCAAAAUAAUCUCAAGUUUUUAGCUCAAUCCGCUUCGAUCUGUUGCGAUAGCUUAGCAGAAAUAUCAUCUGAUGAAAGUGCUAAGAAUACGGUAGCUCAGCUUGCAAAAAGCCAUCGGAAAACCUUCACCGAGCGACUACUGCAGCAGAUCAGUAAUCACAUCGAAACGUACAUUCGUCUUGAUUACUACGGCAAAACGUCGCAGAUUGAGGCUUUCAAUCCAUUUACCGACGCCACAAUGGCAUUGAAUAACAUCCAUUCACUGGUUCGAAUGGAACCUGUGCUGAUCGGUGGACAAUAUCUGUGUGUGAUAGAGCAUGUCAAGCGUUAUCUUAGUAAUACCUAUUACACAUUGGCUUCGAUUUCUCAGCACGACUGGAAAAUUUACAAAGAAAUGCGUUGUCAAGCUGACAGUUAUCAUAUUGGAACCAUCGAAGAUCAGCUUCCAAAGCAAACAUUGGAACAAGGAUUGGAUGUGUUAGAAAUUAUGCAUAAUAUUGAAUACUUCGUCAGUCACUAUGUAUACAAUUUGAAUUUUCAAAUUUUUAUCGAGCAAACAAGUGGGAAUCAUUUUUUGAAUACGGUUAGCAUUAGCCACAUCGCAAAUUCAUUGCGAAGGCACGGAAAUGGCAUCAUUAAUACAACGGUGAACUAUACCUUUCAAUUUUUGCGGCAAAAAUUCUUCGCCUUCUCCCACUUCUUGUACGACGAGCAAAUCAAGGCACGACUAACUAGCGACGCAAAGUACUUUCUGGAGAACUCAGAUGCACUUAACCAGACCUAUGAUUUUGAUCGAGCGCACGCGUUCAAUAGGAAAAUUAAAAAUCUCGGUCUCUCUGAAGCUGGUGAAACUUAUAUGGAUCUUUUUCGGAAACUGAUUUGUCAUAUAGGCAACGCUAUGGGAUACGUGCGGAUGAUCCGUUCCGGUGCCUUGCAUGAGUGUACCGAAGCAACGGUUUACCUACCGGUUAUUGACGGUGAUCUAAAUUUCGAAAAGUAUGCAAAGGAAGAAUCCUUGCAUGAGGAGACGAUUUGUGCGGCAGAACUUUUGGAGAACGAUAUAAAUAGUUUGUGUAAGAACUAUCGAAUAGAUACUAAUUAUUUUCGUCUGUUGGUGAAUGCAUUCCUAAGUUUGCGACACGCGGAAAAUAUUCAUUUGCAAAAUUUUUAUAUGAUAAUUCCACCAUUAACGAUUAACUUUGUGGAAUACAUUUUGAAGGCAAAGGAAAAAAUCGCCAAAAAGGACAAGGUUGGUGCUUUGUUUACAGAUGACGGAUUUGCGAUGGGUAUUGCUUACAUUUUGAAGCUGCUAGAUCAAACAACUAAGUUUAAUUCGUUACAUUGGUUCCGAUCCGUCAAGAAUAAGUACAACCAAGAACUUGAGAAAUUGGAUGCCCAAGAGCAGCAGUCGGCAAAGGCGAAUGAUGGAGAUAAAUUGAUGCAAACAUUUGCACUAACUAGGCGACGACUCAAGAUGGUACAACAGGAGUUUGAUUUGCUAUUCUGUAACCUGAGCAGUGCAAAGAUUUUUUACAACGAUGCGGUCGAUUAACAGAGCUUCUUGUACUAAACGCAAGUUUGUGUUGAUUUUUUUUAGUUUUUAAUAGCUUGAACCCAUUCCUAUGUUGUAUGUAGAGAAUGUCAUGGUUCUGCUACCCAGUGAGGCCAUGUUUUUAUUUCUUCGUAUAACUUUCGCCCAGGGCUCUCAGUGGGGCUGCAUUGGCAAUGGGCUAUUAGCUGAUAGUCUUCUUGGAUGUAUCCAUCGCGAACUCCUCUGCGAAAUUUCAAUAAAAUGUUUAAUCAGAUGCAUCAGAUAUUUUAUUCUAUACCUUUCUAUGAGUAGUUU